AUGCUGAGGUCCAUGACCCCACCCUUAGUGCCUCUGCCUUGGCCUUUGCCCUCACUCUGGAAAGGUGGGGGGUUCCCCAUUGGAGGGUGGAGUAUGGCGAGAAAUGCUUUGCAGUGUCUCGGUCAUGUCCACCUUUACUUGACCAGGUGGCGGAGCUUGCUCUUCAAUGGGAGAUAUGGAACCGAGUCCAAGGAUCCAAAAGGCGCUGUGAAGGGGGACAUCAUUGUAGGAUUUGACUUUGUUGUUAUGGCAACCGCUACACGUACCCGCCCACAGCAAUUCUUGUUUGCGGCCCCGAAUGACGAUCACUCUGCCCAGCACUUUGUCAUGGAGCAAUGCCUCCAAGCGCUUGCCCCCAACGGAGAUCCUACUUCCUUCAAACGCUUCUCCAGCAUGAUGAAGAACAUCCUUCAGGGAGUCUGGCUUGGGUUGAAAUAUGAAGAGGGUCUGCAUCGUAGUACAGCCUUGGAAGGCAGGAAAUGGAAGAGCAUGAGAAUCCCAUUCCCCAUUGGCACACAUGCUCCACUCAUGGCAGCAUUUGUCAAAAUCCCUUUCUCGUACUACCACCCUCAACACCCCCUUCCAUCAUCCAUCCAAACGGUGCCUGUUAUCAGUGUUCCCUUGUCAUCUGCCACUGGCCCUGCCACCACCGACACUUGGCUAGGUAUAUCCAUACGCCUGUCAGGCCCGGUACUGGAGCUAUGCGGUGAUCUGGAUGCAGUGAAGCAGUGGGGGGUUCUUGCCUAUCAUGAAGUCCAUGCCCCAACAGUGAAUCAGAAAGUGGACAGCUGGGAUGGGUCGACACACUGUCUCAACCUACUCUGCAAGACACAAGACAGUGCUCACAGUCUCAGGCGAUACCUCCAAGCAAGAUUCCCAGGUGUGACUAUCAGAGAUAUUGCCAUGCAUGACUAUACACCCAGCGGAUACAUUGGGGUAUAUGAGCUUGGAUUUGUUGGUGAGGUCUUUUCUCGUGGGCUCAACCAAACCAUGAUCCAGACUCUCUUGGACCGUGCACCUGCCCUGCUAAUCCCUCAAGGCCCAGACACCUUGCCAACUGAGACAACGGAGCUGUGGACCUGGAUGUACUCCCAAGACCUCUUUGAAUACAAUCGCUUCCGGAUUAUGACGACAACGUCCAGCCAAGGACGUUUACCAUUCAAAGUGGUUGAGGUGACCUUCAAACAAGACGUGCUCGAAAAGAUGUGCCUGUGCAGGCCCUUUGAGUUGAGCAAAGAGGAACAUUUUGCUCUCCUUCAUUUCUGCCUUAUCCUUUGUCGCCUUCGCCGCUUCAAACGCGCAUUCCAUCAACGAAUCUACCCCUCAGAGGGUUCUAUCUAUCCUGGUGUCAUUUGUUUCAUUGCCAGUUCUGCAAGGCAACUUUUUGAGGGCAUCGAACUACGAACAAACGAGAUGCUGAAGAGGUCAGGGAACCUGUCUCAAGAGGAGUUUGAGUCCAUUCAUUGGCAGCCAAAAACUGGCCUCUUUACACUCAAAGUGGUGGAGAAUCCACCUGCUCCCCUAAACAAGCUGACCACAGAGGAACUACGGGGGUUGUAG